GGAGGCUUCGGCGGUGGAGGGUUUGGCGGUGGCGGAUUUGGAGGUGGCGGAUUCGGAGGCGGCGGUGGUUUUGGAGGCGGCGGUGGCGGAGGCGCCAGCAAGACCAUCGUUGUUUCCGUUGCCGGAGGUGGCGGCGGCGGAGGCGGAGGUCCAGCGCCAAGGCCCGUGACCCGGUACACGGCCCAAAUCGACCGCACACCCCUUCCCAUCAAGUACAAGCAGGGCCUCGUCGCCACCGGAAACAGCAUUUCCCUCGUGGAACCCAUCAUGGUGGCCACGAACGUUCCAGGCCCUAGGAUUAGCUUCCCACAAGGAAUCCCGAGAGUAACGCAACCAUCCGUUCACGUUGCUGAGAUCCAGAGGGUCGAUGGCGGUGGCGGCGGUGGUGGAGGAGGUUUCGGUGGUGGUGGAUUUGGCGGGGGCGGCUUUGGUGGUGGAGGCUUUAGCGGAGGUGGCUUCGGCGGAGGUGGCUUCGGCGGUGGCGGCUUCGGCGGAGGUGGCUUCGGUGGAGGCGGCUUUGGGGGCGGUGGCUUCGGUGGUGGUGGCUUCGGCGGAGGACUCGGUGGUGGCUUUGGAGGCGGUGGUUUCGGCGGUGGAGGAGGAGGCGGCGGCGGAAGCGUGUUCCCCCACCCAAGGGUAGAGGUCGCCGAGACUGUUCACAAGAUUCCGUUAGGAACGGCGGCUGACACACACACGGAGGGUGGACAUGGAGGCGGAGGCGGUGGUGACAAUGUGGCUGUGCUCAGCGUGAAUGUUCAGCAUCACGGAGGCGGCGGUGGUGGAGGUCACGGUGGAGGGUUCGGAGGAGGCCACGGUGGAGGCGGAGGAGGCUUCGGUGGCGGAGGUUACGGAGGCGGUCAUGGCGGAGGAGGCGGUGGUGGAGGUCACGGAGGAGCAGGCUUCAGCGUGGUUCCAGUCAAAGUGAUCGAAGCUGCCGGUGCCGUCGGUGGACUCGGAGGAGGAGGCGGAGGUGGUGGCGGACACCACGGGGGUGGAUGGCAGUAG